AUGGUGCGACCAACAUCUUCAGCCUCGAUCGAGCGUACCGAGCCACCGCCUACACGCAAGGCAUCUCUGAGUAAUCAAGUUUCGGCUGGGGUCGAUGCUCAUUUGGCGACCGCACUCGCGGCUCAUCUCGAUCCGUCCCAUGCCUCCCAUGACCAUGCCGUCCCCCAUCCUUCUCCUGUCCUUGCCCUCUCACCCCCACUUUCGCCCCCCUCAGUUCCCUCCCAUGCGAAGCCGUAUCCGCGCCCGCUAUGGGCCACCGUCGCUCCGGGUGGUGCUUCAGCCUCCACGUCAUCGCAUGCUGCCUGUCAAUCUGACUUGUCGCGGCCAGCGUGGUCAAGCAAUGCACCGGCCCCCCUCGCCCCGUCGCUACCGACAACGACCAACAGCUCCGGUUCACAGCCCAGCCGCAGUGCUUCGGUUGAGUCGCUGCGAUCGCUCCUGAUACGCUCCGACAGCGACCUUACACGCCGGGCUUCGCAGUUGCUGGUCCGACCGCCGUUGUAUGGCCCUAAAUCACGCGCCUCGUCCGAGUCCAGUACGACCCUCGCCCCUUUGCCCGACACCAAGCACACGCCUUUGAUUACGAGUUCCUCACAGUCCGUUCCGACUCGUCAGGAGCAGGACCAGCAGCAGCAGCAAUCGGACGAUGCGAGAGGGGAUAUGGAUGCUCUCCGGUGGGGUCAUUGGUGGUGGCCAUUCUCAGUCGUCGGGCCCAGCGCUUCAACCCCGAUCACGUCAACGGCAACUCUCAAACCCGAUCUCGAGUCGGAGGAGCAGCGGCAACAACAGCAAACUCGAAGUUUCCUGUCGUACUUCGCUGGCAGACCAGCCGUCAACGCAAUAGCGCAGCAGCACCUGUCGCAGAGGCGUGCUGAUGACCUUGAACGUGACAUGCUAGACCUUGCGCCCGACGAGCUAGCCACAGUGGCGAGAUCGGUUGGGAUCAGCGGUCGGGCGCGCAGGAUCUACCGGGAAGCAGACGAAGACUCGCCGAAGGGGGCCACAACCCCAGCUUCCCAGGGACCCGAUCGACCACGUAGCUUUGUUUCGAAUGCUUUGGACGGCCCUGCCUCGCUACUGUCGUCGUUCUCAAUCUCGAACCCCUUUGGCCCGAGCGCAACUAGGACGUUCUCGACCUCGUCCUUCGCCUCCGAUGCGCAAACUCGUCACAAGACGCGCCAUGAUGAGGAUGAGGACAACAUCGAGCCAAUGCUCAAUCAAGACGAUCAAGAUGCUGUUGACGACUCGCACAUGGACAUCUACACGGUGCUCAAGGAGUCGUAUCGAAGCCCCGAGCACCCGAUCGUCUUUUGUCACGGUUUGUUCGGAUUCGACAUGCUUGGACCGACUUCAAUCAAGCCGCUGCAAUUUUCGUACUGGGUAGGCGUGAAAGAAGCCCUUGAAGGCUUGGGGGUCGAAGUGAUGGUCGCUAAGGUUCCAGCGUCUGCCUCGAUCGAAGAGCGGGCCAAGGUGCUUUGCUCGUGUAUCGAGGAACGCUUUCCGGGGAAGCAAGUAAACCUGAUUGGACACUCAAUGGUCGGUCGAGCCAAAGUCUAUGGUAACGGACGAAUUGAAGCUCAAGCUGACGCACAAACUGUCGUUAGGGUGGUCUUGAUGGUCGAUUUUUGAUCACCCACCUUCGGCCGACCAGUUUCUCUGUCAGAUCGUUAACGACCAUCUCGACCCCACACCGAGGUUCCUCGUUCGCGGAUUUCAUGCUCGAGGACGUGAUCGGGCAGCAACACCUUCCCAAGCUCCUGAGUUUGGUUGAAACUGUUGGGAUACCCGGUGGUGGUCGAGCAUUCGAGGACCUAACUGUGAGCAAGAUGGCGAGGUUCAACGAGCAAACGCCCGAUCGGGAGGACGUCGCCUACUAUAGCUAUGGAGCCGAGUUUGUGCCCACCUGGACGAACGUCUUUCGCGUCCCAUAUGGAAUCCUUUUGGAAAAGGAAGGACCAAACGACGGAUUGGUGUCGGUACGGAGUGCCAAGUGGGGCAAUUAUCAGUCAACACUCAACAACGUAAAUCACCUGUGAGUCCGAAGUGAGUCCCGGGACAACAAACGCCGAGGCUUGCGAUUUAGUGACACGCGCGCGCACGCCCUUGUCCGGUCUCGGCCCCUUGAUCCGACUUUGCAGUGAUCUAAUUGGAUGGGUCGGAAAAGUCAGAUAUGGGUGGGCGGAGUGGCUUGGUCGCCCGAUCAAGUUCAAGCCCGUCUCAUUCUUCUGUGCGGUUGCCGAAAUGCUGGCCGAAGAAGGACAUUGA